AAACAAAACUAAAAACCGGAUAGAGAUGAUCAUGGCGCCUUUCGAGUUCAAUUCCACUACCCAUUUCGUCGCUUCAUCGGAAUCUACCACGAUCGACGUCUACGAGCUGACUCCAUCAACAACUUCCCCGUCUUCAGCUGUCAGAACCACCGACUGGAAAAUCGUCGCGACCGUCGCAGGCUCGCAGCCACUAGUCACCAACAGCAGGAGAAUCAAUACGACGCCCUGAAGUUGUUCGAAGAGGAGAUCACAGGGCGGGACCUGAGCAAUCUGGCAGAGGACCUUUCGCAGUCCCAUUUCUACGUCAACCCACUUGGCAAUUGCUUCAUAGACCUCUCCGCCGGCGACGGCGAGUUUGUCGAUCCGGCGUUUGGGGUACAGUUCUUGAGACUAAACGACACCUUCAACUGGUCUCAAUACGGCGCCGUUAACCCCCCUCCGCCGUCCACAGUCGGCAAUCUGUGGGACACCCGCCACGGGUUCCCCCAUCGCAGCAGCGAGAAGAGCGAGGCGAUUGUCGAUUACAAGAAGCAAUUGUACAAUAUAUUAAUAUUAUACUCCAAUUUUAAUUUAAUUCAUGAUCUAUAUAGAGCACAAUGGAUCAAAUCGGUUGGAAUGUAUUUGGCCUCUGGUCUCAUUCAAUUCGUGGUCUUGUAAUCUGUAAGUUCGAUUAAUUAAUAGCUCGACAUUAGAAAUCUUCAAGGUUGUCAACCCGUGGGUCGACCCGCGGGUUGACCCACUUUGACCCUGACCCAGUGAGAAAAACGGGCCGCAUGCACCCGCCGGGUUGGAGGUCAAAUUGUGUCAUUUUUUUCUUUAAUUGUUUUGCGAAAUGUGACUAUUUUCCGAUUUUUCUUUUCGCCAAACUCAAUCUUUGGAAUCCUAAGUUAAACAUUUGAAUAUUAAUGUUAUAUAAGUAUGUGUGAAUUUUCACUAUAUGCGGAAUCUAAGUACGAAAUGUUAUUUUGGUGUAAUAUUAUAUGUUAUAAUUUAUAUGUUAGAUGAGAUUUGAUAUAAUUUAUCAGGAUAAGUACAAUAUAAUGACACUUUCCAUAUUUCCGGACUAGACCGGGUUAAAACGGGUGACCCAUUAACCCUUGACCCACUAGCUCAACCGGGUCCGGGUCAACCCGCGGGUUGACAACCUUGAAAAUCUUUUUUUACUCAUCCUAACACUAAUAGAAACUAGAAAGAGGUUCUCCAUAAAAAUAUGUUUAAUUC